AUUUAAUUGAGAUUAUUCUUUAUGUGUGAACUGCUGCCAUGGUUCUAGUUCUGUAUACUAAAUUUGAUUAUUCUUUUAACAAAAAUAAAAUAAAAAAAUCGUGCUGUACAGAGAAUCUGAUUCUUGUUUGCAGUACUUGUCAUUCUGAUGCUAUCAAGUUACAUUUGUUUAUAUUCUUCCACCUUUGUUUGGUUGCUGAGAAAAUUUAUAAAACAGAGACAACUCUAAAGCUUUGCAAAUUCGUUUUCUGGCUUCUGAGAAAAAAAAUGAAAAAAACUAUUAUUAUCUCCCAUGAGUCGACGGUGUACUAAUUCUCUACUGGAGGUGGUGAGUGGAUUCGUUCUGGGCACUCUAAGAUCUGUACCUUUGAUUUGAAAUGAGUACUCUGGGGUUUCUUCUGUGUUUCUUUAUCUUUUUGGGCCUGAAUUCAAGUGGGUACAGUCAGAACGUUACCUCAAGACCAUCUGUUGUUAGUAUUGGUGCAAUUUUUACAUUCAACUCUACCAUUGGUAGAGUUGCCAAGAUUGCCAUUGAAGAAGCUGUGAAAGAUGUCAACUCUAAUUCUAGCAUUCUUCCUGGCACGAAACUUAAUAUAACAAUGCAAGAUUCCAAUUGCAGCGGGUUUCUUGGCAUGGCAGAAGCUUUGCAAUUCAUGGAGACUGAUAUUGUUGCCAUCAUAGGCCCGCAAUGUUCUACAGUUGCCCAUAUUAUAUGUCAUGUUGCAAAUGAGCUUCAAACUCCUUUACUGUCAUUUGGGGCUACUGACCCCACUCUCUCUUCGAUUCAGUUCCCCUACUUUGUUAGGACAACACAGAGUGAUUCUUACCAGAUGGCUGCAGUAGCUGAGAUUGUUGAUCAUUAUGGCUGGACUGCUGUGAUUGCCAUCUUUGUUGAUGAUGAUUAUGGACGGAAUGGAAUAGCUGCAUUGAGUGAUAAGCUUGCAGAGAGACGCUGUAAAAUCUCAUAUAAGGCAGCAAUCCCCCCAGGAUCUGGAGUGAACCAAAAUGUCAUCAUGGAUCUACUUGUUAAGGUUGCAUUGAUGGAAUCCCGUAUUAUUGUUCUGCAUGCAAGUGGAGAUAUCGGUUUCAGGGUUUUCUCUGCUGCAAACUAUCUUCAGAUGAUGGAUAAUGGUUAUGUAUGGAUAGCUACAGAUUGGCUGGCUUAUAUUUUAGAUUCUAAUUCUCCUCUCCCGUCUGACACCAUGGAUAAAAUGCAAGGAGUUCUUGUUUUGCGUCAGCACAUCCCAGAUUCAGAGAGAAAGAGAGCUUUUCUUUCUAGGUGGAGGAAUUUGGCUGGUGGUCAUUUGGGGAUGAAUUCUUAUGGUCUUUAUGCUUAUGACUCUGUUUGGCUGUUAGCUCAUGCUCUUGAUGCCUUUUUUAAUCAGGGUGGGAUUAUCUCAUUCUCUAAUGAUUCUAGAUUUCUUUCUUCAGAAGCCAGCAAUCUCCACCUCGAUGCAAUGAGCGUUUUCGAUGAUGGACCGCAAUUGCUGAAUUACAUAUUGCAGAGUAAUACUGUUGGGUUAACAGGUCCUCUAAAGUUUAGUCCAGACAAGUCUCUUAUUAAUCCUGCAUAUGAUAUUAUUAAUGUGAUUGGAUCUGGGAUUCGACAGGUUGGUUACUGGUCCAACUAUACUGGUUUAUCGACUGUGCUUCCUGAGACACUCUAUACAAAGCCACCCAAUCGCUCAAGUGCAAGCCAGCAACUAUACAGUGUCAUCUGGCCUGGAGACACCUUGACAAAGCCCCGGGGAUGGGUUUUCCCAAACAAUGGGCAACGAUUGAAAAUUGGUGUACCUAAUCGGGCCAGUUACCGGGAAUUUGUAUCAAGAGUGAAAGGAACUGAUAUGUUUCAGGGUUUUUGCAUAGAUGUGUUUACAGCUGCUGUAAACUUGUUGCCAUACGCUGUCCCGUACCAAUUUAUCCCCUUUGGAGAUGGUACUAAAAAUCCAAGCUACACAGAACUGGUGAAUUCGAUCACCACUGGUGUUUUGGAUGCUGCUGUUGGUGACAUAGCUAUUGUCACAAAUCGAACAAAGAUAGUGGAUUUCACGCAACCGUAUGCUGCAUCAGGACUCGUUGUUGUGGCCCCAUUUAAGAAAUCGAACACUGGAGCUUGGGCUUUUUUGCGGCCAUUCACUCGAUCAAUGUGGACUGUCACCGCUUUUUCUUUCAUUGUUAUUGGAAUUGUCGUAUGGAUUUUAGAGCAUAGGAUAAAUGACGAAUUCAGAGGACCUCCCAAUAGACAAAUUAUAACCGUUCUCUCGUUUAGCUUAUCAACCAUGUUUUUUGCCCAUAGAGAGAACACUGUGAGCACCCUUGGCCGUCUGGUGCUAAUCAUAUGGCUCUUUGUAGUUUUGAUAAUCAACUCAAGCUACACUGCCAGUCUGACUUCAAUCCUCACAGUGCAGCAGCUCUCUUCUCCUAUUAAAGGAAUUGACAGCCUGAGAACUGGUAAUGACCCUAUUGGAUACCAGGAGGGUUCAUUUGCUGAACGUUAUUUAACUGAGGAACUCAACAUAUCCAAGUCUAGGCUUGUCUCCCUCGGUACACCUGAAGAAUAUGCUUUAGCACUCAAAAAUGGUCCCGGUAAGGGAGGUGUUGCUGCUGUGGUAGAUGAACGUCCAUAUAUAGAACUUUUCCUCUCAACCCAGUGCACAUUCAAGAUUGUAGGUCAAGAGUUCACCAAAAGCGGUUGGGGCUUUGCAUUUCCACGGGACUCUCCCUUGGCUAUUGAUUUGUCAACUGCAAUUCUACAACUAGCUGAGAAUGGUGAUCUCCAGCGGAUCCAUGACAAGUGGCUGGUGAAAAGCAGUUGCAGUUUAGACAAUGCUGAGAUUGAAUCAGACCGGCUUCAACUGAAAAGCUUCUGGGGUCUUUUCCUUAUCUGCGGAAUAGCUUGCUUCAUUGCCCUAUUAAUAUACUUUUUGCAAAUUAUGAACCUGGUACGCAGUGCUCCUACCGAGUCUAUUGCAACUGAGCCUGGUGGCGUACGAUCUAGAACACUUCAGAGAUUUCUAUCAAUAAUGGAUGAGAAGGAAGAUUUAUCGAAGAGCAAGAAUAAGAGACUAAAUUCGGAAAGAACAUUUGAAAAUGAUAGGGAUGAGGAGUUAGGAAGUAAGAAGAGGAGACAUACAGAUUUGGCCACAGGGAGCAACAGCAGCUAAUGAGCAAUUAACUUGGUUUUCUAGUACUUGUACUUCCUUAAUUGUAUCACUCAUUAUUGCAUAUUCAGCACCAUUUAGAACCUUAUUUCAAGCACUGCAAACCGUUCAUAUGCAUUUGCAAAAUUGCUGCCCACGGGAAUGGCUUACAGCAUUUGCCAUUGCUAGAUUUUGUCUUAUAUACAUGUCAACUUAUUAAGAUCACAUACAUUGUCAAGUAAUAUUAAAUUAAAGUAUAUAUCCCUAUUUAGUUAUGUUUCUUUU